AUGAAAAAUACAAAAGGUCUCCAAAAACCCGUUUUGCCCGCAUAUUGGCCAAAAACGGGUAACCCCCUCUGGGCAAAACAGGAUACAAUAAAUAAGAUUGGAUAUGCUUAUGACACUCUUUAUCUAGAACUCACGGGACUAGCAAAGAUAACAGAAAAGAAGCUACCAGAUAAAAUAGGUAUAACAAAAAGAUAUGCAAAACCUCCAAAAACUGAGAAUCAGCAUUUUUUAGACAGGAAAAGACUUCAAGACAUACAAAUUCAGGCAACGACGAAUGCAAAAAAUCACACCCAAAUUUUUACACAGAAUAAGAAAAAUAAAACAAUUCAACACUUAGAACCGGAGAAGGAAGAAAUCAGCAGAACUGCUUCAACUAUGACUAGAGGACCCCUAAAGUCAACAGGAGUUGGACAGAAUACGGACGAAUAUAACACUGACUACGACUACUACAAAUAUACCAAAUCUAACCAAUUGGAAAAAUGUUGUCAAGACCACGGAUGCCAGAAUAUUUUCUAA